CUUUUUCACAUUUCUAUAUAUCAAUGGUAGAAUUUCCCUUCUAAAUCUACAUAGUAUUCAUAAUUCUGUGGUAAUUCUGGAUGUGAAAUAUAAUGGCCACAAAUAAGAGACGGAAGCUGAAUGUGACAGAAUCCUCACCAACAAUGAGUGCCUUCGCUCUCCGCAAGAAACUUCUCAACCAGCAACAAGCUGCUCCGACACCAACCACAAAAGACAAGAGCAAUGUAGAUUUAACAAUUCCAUCUGCGCCAGAUGUUGUGAAGACCACCAAGACAAGAAGCUCAAAAAAAGCAAAGGGUCCAAAUAUUCAGGCAGCGCCAACCGAUGAGAAUGCGCCUAGUGCUAAGUUCAAAAGUUCAUUGCUUGAUAAUCAGCCUGAAAGCGAAGAUGCACUCCCGGAUACUUCUAGGGCUUUAGCAGGGAGCCCAUCGCCUUCUAUAGUCGAAGAUGACGAAACUCCGGUUAUGCUCAAUAAGGCUCUACCUUUACAACUGUCUAAUUUCCAGCCAUCUAAAAGUAAUUAUCGAACACGAAAAGACGGGAUGACCAUAUUGAAGUUAUCUGACGGAGAGCGUAUAGUGAUCCUUGGCAAUUAUGGUAUUCGUGUAACAUCGAGUGAAAUCACCAUCAAUGGUGCCAUACUAAGAAAUUCAAGCAAGGUACAUUGGGUGUAUGCACCACAUUGCCAUGCACUCCCCGUCAUUAGAUGUUCAGAUGCGGCGAAUAUAGAAUUGCACCCCCAUCCCGACUCCGCGGAUCUGAGGGCUCUUGGAAGACUUUCUCCUCAGUUUCGCAAGCUCUGGAACGACUCCAAUCCUUCCAAAGGGGAUAAGACUAUUCAAUCCAACCCAACAUUUCAAAUACUCUAUACAUCAGCAGAUGGCCCAAAGAGGACGAUGCUACAAGAUCUUGUCUCGCCACCUGAGUGGAAUAGGGAGGUUGCCAAAUUCGUCAAUACAUCCAACUCGAAGCCUUGUUCAGUUAUGAUAACGGGUCCAAAAUCAUCCGGGAAAUCUACAUUUGGCAAGAUACUUGCGAAUCGACUGGCCACCGAGAAAUCGAGUGGCUCUAAACAGCACACUUAUCGUGGGGUAGCUGUACUAGACAUUGAUCCCGGACAGCCCGAGUAUUGUGUCGCCGGCCAAAUUGCUCUCGUAUUCCUUACCGAACCUGUGUUUGGGCCGUCAUUCUGUCGCCCUCUUCCCAGCUUAGAAUUCGAGAUAAUUCGAUCCCAUGCGCUAGCGUCUAUCUCCCCUGCCUCGGAUCCCGAACUGUACUUGGAGGCUGCUAUGGACCUAAUGACACAUUAUCGAAAUGCACUAGGACGGUAUCCCCUCAUUAUCAACACACCAGGAUGGAUACAAGGGACGGGGCUGGAUUUGCUAACUUCUCUCAUCACUAAUCUGCGACCGACCGAAGUAGUGUAUAUGUCGGAAUCUGGUCCUGCAGAAGCGGUAGAAGCCCUACAAGAAUCCUGCAAAGUCACUAGAUUUUCUACACUUCCAUCACAGUCCUCUCAAUUAACUUCGAGGACCGCAGCGCAAUUACGAUCAAUGCAGACUAUGUCGUAUUUCCAUGCUAAACCUCGCGAGGCCAGCAACGAUAGGGUUCAGUUUGAACGAAAUCCGAGGCCAUUAACGGCUAUACCUCCUUGGUUGGUCAGUUACAGAGGGCCAAAUCGCGGCAUAUUUGGAAUAAUGUGCUACGAUUAUCAGGCGCCGUUAGAUCUGUUGGCCGAUGCGAUAAACGGUACAAUUCUCGCCGUCGUGGGGGUCGAAAGCCUCAAAGCAUUGAGAUACUCUGAAGAGCGAAUAAAGCUGUGUAACGAUGCGACAGCUAAUAUGAUGGACAUUGACGACGCCAACGAUGAAUCUCAGAAUACGGCAAUAUUAUCUUUUCAGGACUUAGCGGGAAAAAAGAUUACCGAAACACCUGAGGGUAUCCCGUUCAUCGAUACCACAGAUGGAACUACGUUAGACCCGAGAUAUUCCCAUUCGCUUGGUCUGGUUCUCGUGCGCGGUAUUGAUGUUGAAAACGGACUCUUACAACUCCUCACACCUUUAACAGGGGAAACGAUAGAAGAGGUCACGUCUAAAGGAGGCGAAAUUGUCCUUGUUAGUGGCAAGUUUGAUGCGCCAAGUUGGGCUUAUACCGAAGAGUUAUAUUAUCAAUCUCAUGGUGAGGUAGAUGAAGGGGCAGAUCUAGACGAGGCCCAAGAGGGUACAUCGGAGGGUUCCGACGACGAAAAUGACAAUUAUGCAGUAAGGGCUGAUGCGACCACAGUGCCGUGGGUAGAAAUACUGCAUGGGAACCAGAAACGUGGCGCUGGGUCUAAAGUGUGGAGAGUACGGCGAGAUCUGGGUCGCGCAGGAAACGGUACAAACUGAGAUGAACGUAUCGACAUGUACCCCGGUACUUGAGUACUUAGAUACAUGAGUACAUCAAUACAGUACAUCGAAUACAAAGGCCUUGUAUUGUCCUGGCCCCUGCAGCGAUCUGCAAGGAACUGCGCACAAACUGUGGACUAAAUUUUGUAGAUCAAGGUCUUGCUAUUAGCUCCCGCUGUUUAGUUCAGAUUUU